GCUACCCACUGACGAGCCACCCACCCACUCACCCACUUAAUGAGUGGCUCCUUUGACAAGCCCGUUUACAUCAGAUCAAGAACCGCCAUCCACCACUCGGCUUUUUUUUCCCUUGGUUUUUCGUCACCGCCGCUUCCAGCUUAACCAAUAGACAGCUAUGGACCCUCGUCGCCACUACUCAUGCGAGUACUGCUGCUCAACAACAACAUCAACAACAACCACCUUCACCGUCUUCCUCUAACACCCUUUACACGCUCAUAAAUACACCAACUACUCCGUACUUCUCUCCUUCUCCUGUCGUGAAAAACAAACAAGUAAUUUGGUCAACGCCUCAUACGUGCGCGCCCUCCAAAGGUGCAGUCUGUGACUGCACAAACACUCCUCUCCCACUAUGGCCACAGACAACGUUGAUGAUGGAGGUCUCGCCACUCCCCCAACAACACCACCCGCCCUCACAAGAGCUCAGAAGCUCCAGAAUGUGAUAUCCCUAGCUACCCAAUUCAGCGUCUGCGUCGAAGCAUUCAAUCAAAUUCACCCCUCCAAAGACUCGGACCACUCUCAGAAAGUCGCCCUCGCCAAAUUGGGAAUCCAGCAGGGUCGCCUGCUCAUCUUUGGCGAUGCAGUCGGAAUCUCCUCGCCGCCUGCGACAAUCGCAAAGCAUAUGAUCCCCUCCCAUCCUGGAGCUACCAAUCCGGACCCCCACCUGCCCGUCAACUUCGGCGUCAGACAUCCCAAGCUCGACGAUGCGGACAUCAACGAGAAGGUGCGCGCCGCACUCACAGAAAUCUCGGGCCGCCCGUCGCAGAUAUCUCGCGAGGAAUUAAUGGAGAGAUACGGCCUUAAGACUCCAAAGAGCUUCAAGCUCAUCGACUACCCAGCAUUGGACACCAACCGCCUCGAGGCCUUCCGCGAGAAGUAUACUCUAUUGCAGGACCUCGCGCGCCAGAUGGGAUCGAGAGCUCCCGUGAGGCGGAGCAUGAGCAUGACGACGCAGUACUGGACCGUCAAGGACACGCACAGGUUCGACUCGUUCGUCGCGACUGUGCGCACAGAGGUGGACGGCCUCAUCGACCUCAUGGAUGCUAAGGACCAGGUAGAUCGUGGAAUGAAGUCUGACAUUCGCUCUAUGGGCUGGCAUCCCGAUCUCUCCAGCAUCGCCGUCAGGCAGGAUUGGGAGAAGCUGAGAUUGAUAAGAGAGGCGUGUGCGGAGGACUACCCCGAGUACGUAAGCGCGACAGAUACGGCGCUCAAGUACAUUAGUGAAGAGUUGAAAGGAACUACCCUGGCCGGUUUCAGAGAACAGAUGGAGUUGAAGGAGCACCAGGAUGCUGCCAACGCAGCCGCCAGGCGCAAUUCAUCCGAUGUCAAAGCUGGUUCUGGCAGCGGCACCACGACCCCUACGAAAGGGAAGAAUGGAACUACCAAUGGCCACAGCAACGGAAAAGAGAAGCGCCCUGGCUGGCUAUCGGCGUUCAAGUUCAAGAGUUGGCACAAGAGCAGUUCCAAGACGAAGCAGUCCCUCGCACCUCCCGGUCAGGAUCCACCGCGCUCGAUGUCCGAGGCUAUGCCCAAGGCUGAGCCUCUGCAUGCAGUUGAGGACGAAGAAGAAACAAACACGCUAGAGCCUGUGCGCUCCAAGUCGUUGUCUGCGUUGCCUGAUGAGGGUCCACCACCUCUAGAUCUUGAGACCAGAUUGGAAAACAUACCGACGAUUGACGAAGAGAAGGAAAGACAGCAGCAGGGUGCGUCAUCUACGGACGAGCAUGCUGCAGGAAUCAAUGGCCUUGAGCCCGCAAGCACAGUAAAUAGUCUUAUCGACAGACACGACAUGUGGAAAGGCGUCGGUAGGGUCGAAACGAAAGAUAUCAGAGGAAAGGCUCAUGAUUGGGCAACUGGAGGAUGAAGCCGCAUUUCCUUUCUCUUUUCUGUUCUCUGUUUCGGAAUUCACCCUACUGCAAUGUAUAUCGCGACGAAAUCGAGAAUCCAUAGUGCGAGGAAGCAUUGCCGUUCAAUAAAUAGUAUAUAAUACCUAAUGUAUCCCAAUCACCUCCUCUCAA